CUGAUUACUUUUGGCAUGAAUUUCAUAAUCUAAAACGUUUCCAACUCUGUCUCACCCCUCCAAUUUAUAUUCCCAUUUGCAGUGAGCGUAACGCAAUAUCUCUCUCCCUCCGUCCCUUCCCCUUCUCUCUCUUCUACUUCACUCCCUCUCUCUCUUUGAAGCUGUUAUAAACAGAACUAAUCAUCAUUCCUUUUUCUGCCUCACAAAAAGAGACGAAAAAAAAAGUUUGUUGAUGAUGAUGUUGUGAAUCGUGAAUGAUUAUUUAAUUUGGGGGAGAGAUGGGAUCGUGUGUUUCUGUGCACAAGGACUCGGAUUCUUUAACGAAGCUCCGUUUCUCAAUCGGGUCCAAAAAUGAGAUACCUUCGCCGGUCAAGGAGAAGCCAAUCGCGGUCAACGCCGGGGCUGCUGUCACCCCGCUACGGUCACCCGCCCGUUAUUCUAGCGUAGGUAGCAAAGACGAAGCCUUCUUCGACUCCCAACCAUGGUUGGAAUCAGACUAUGAAGAUGACUUCUUAAGUGUUAAUGGUGAUUUCUCACGGGGAAAUACUCCGGUCCACCCCAACUCCUCAUUGGUAAAUAAGUUGCCAUCGGAGGAGGCCAGGGAAUCGCCUCCGGAUAAGAAGAAAAGGCUAUCGGAACUCUUCAAAGAGAGCUUACGUGAGGAGCAAUACGAUGAGGCUCCGACAACCACUACCACUACCACUACCCUUGCCCAACAACUCAAGUCCACUAGUGGGACUCCGGACUACUCGGGAGGGGGGUGUAGUGAACAGGCUACCCCCAAUCGAGUGGUCGGGGAAGAUAACAAGUCAUUGAGGUCUACACAAUGUUGCCUUCCCAUAUUGCUCUCAAGCCAAAGCAUGAACGAGAGAAGGCGGUCCAGCGCUGCUCCUAAUGGUGGUUGAUGCUCAUGAUCCUAUUUUAAAUUAUCUUUGUUUGAUAAAGCAUGAAAUGUAUAUCUGAAACUUGUGUUUCAUGCAAAAGUGAGUAGUGACAAUCUUGUCCGAUAUAUACAAAGUCCCGAUUGGCUGAA